GGCGGGAGGGGGGCGAGCGGCGCGGCUCGGGAGAGCGCUCCUCCGCCCCGCGCGCGGUCCCUGCGCCCCGCUCCGCCCGCACCGCUCUGUCCGCGCCGCGCUCUGGCGUCCACAGCGCGCUCCUCGCUCCGCAGCUAGCGCCGCCCGCGGCAGCUCAGCCCAGCCUUCCUCCUCCUCCUCCUCCUUUCCCUCCUCCUCUUUCUCCUCCGCCGCCGGACACGCAGCCGCAGGCCGGGGCCGGGACGCAGCUGGGGAGGCAGGGACGCGCGCAGCCAGCCCUUCCCCCUCCGGCUCCCGCACCGCUGGCCGCCUCCCCUUGCCCUCCUCCUCUUCCCUCCCUGCUCCUUCGCUUCUCCUCCUCCUCCUUUCCCGGCCCUGGCUGCCAGCACCAUGUCCGCAGGGGGAGAUUUUGGGAACCCACUGAGAAAAUUCAAGUUGGUGUUCCUGGGGGAGCAGAGCGUCGGGAAGACGUCUCUGAUCACACGGUUCAUGUACGACAGCUUUGACAACACGUACCAGUCAGACAUGUCUGUCUUCCUCUGGACCAGUCAUCAGCUUUGCCUCAGAUACAGCCCCUCGUCUGCCUCCCUCAAGUUCCCUGCUUUUCCUCUGCUGUCAUCUGAAAUGCCAGAUAACCUCAACUCCUUCCAACAGACCUCGAAGUGGAUCGACGAUGUCAGGACAGAGAGGGGCAGCGAUGUUAUCAUCAUGCUGGUGGGCAACAAGACAGACCUGGCUGACAAGAGGCAGAUAACCAUCGAGGAGGGGGAACAGCGCGCCAAAGAACUGAGCGUCAUGUUCAUUGAGACCAGUGCAAAGACCGGCUACAAUGUGAAGCAGGUAGGAUGCGCCUGGUACUGAUCCCUGCCCCAGCUUGGCCUCGGGGCCCACUUGUGGCUUCCAACAUGGUCAGCCAUGGGCUCGGCCCUACCUUGUCCCAACAUGCUAGUGACUGGUUUGGGGCAGACAACCAGAGUGCCCAUAAACCCACCUAACUGGGAACAAGCUUGCCUUCAAGGGUGUCCGGAGAACAUCACCAUUGGCAGCUGUACAGCAACCAGUGGCGUGGCCCCUGUUGAGUGUCCAGCCACUAACUCUCAGGUGGCUGAGAGAAGCAUUGUUUCCCUAGCGUCUUGCCUGACUGAGGAUGGGGGUGCAGGGGUUAUGCCUCGUGCUCAGCAAGUGCUCAGGUGGAGGGCCAGGCAGGCUUGGAGAAAGGAACCCGCCCAUGGUACACUGGAGCUCUCAGAGGGGAGAGGCCUGGUGAACCAAACAGGUCAGAGGAGUGACAGAGGGGCAGGGGUAGUGCUGAGCCCCAGAGUAGGGGGCUUCUCCGGGGUCCACAGACCCCCAAGGCGUCCAUGGAUGGACUGAGCAGGUCAGUGGAUUUGGGUUGGAAAACCCACAGCUUUAUCUUCAGUGUCGUCUAACUGCUUUUUAGCGUUACCUUCCGCGAUAAAUGUAGACAAGACUCCGUAACAGCUGUUACGCUCCUGUGGCUUCAUCACGUAGAGAUCACAGUCAUGUUCUUAUCACCUUACAGUGUUGCUGUAUCUUGAACUUGACAGGCAUCACUACCUCAGUGUCACUGUGGUUAUUAGACACACUGCCAGCUUUGGCUGCU